AUGGAGAGUGAAGUUCCGCGUCCACUAGCUGAUUUUCCAGUGAACAUAUGGGAAGAUAUCUUAAAUUCCUUCUCAAAGUCUGAUCUCGGAACUGAUUCACUUAAAGAGAAGCAUCUUACUCUAAAGGAGGCUGUGAAUGAGUUUUUUAUGGCGUCAAGAGCGGAUCCAAUAGAGAACAUCAAGUUCAUCGACACGCUCUGUCGCCUUGGUGUCUCCUAUCAUUUUGAAAAAGAUAUCACAGAGCAACUGGAGAAGUUGUUUGAUUGUCCUGAUUUUAAUCAGAAGAUAAGACAAGACGGUGGUGAUUUGUACACGGUUGGAAUUGUUUUCCAGGUUUUCAGGCUAUUCGGGUUCAAACUUUCUGCUGAUGUGUUUAAAAAUUUCGAAGACGAGGAUGGGAAGUUCAAAGCACACUUAGUGGCAGAUGCAAGGGGAAUGUUAAGCUUGUAUGAAGCUGCACAGUGGAGAACUCCUGGAGAAGACUGUCUUGACAAAGCUCUCGCCUUCUCAAAUUCUCAUUUGGAAGAAAUCUCUUCUCGGUCUAGCUCUCAUCUCGCAAUACGUAUCAAGAACGCCCUAAAACAUCCAUUUCACAAAGGCAUAUCGAGGAUAGAAACGAGGCAAUAUAUCUCUUACUACGAGGCAGAAGAGAAGUGUGAUGCAACAUUACUUGAAUUUGCAAAGAUUGACUUUAAUUUGCUGCAAAUGCUGCACCGCCAAGAGCUGGCUUGUGUAACAAGGUGGCACAAAGAAAUGGAGUUUGAAUCUAAAAUAACAUACACAAGACAUAGAGUAGCCGAGGCCUACUUGUGGGCACUUGGAACAUACUUUGAACCUGAAUAUUCUCAAGCACGAGUUGUAUUAGCUAUUAUAGUCAUCUUAUACACAGCACUUGAUGAUGUGUAUGAUGCGUAUGGCACAAAAGAGGAACUUGAGCUCUUCACACAUGCAUUGGAAAAGUGGCUUCCCGAAGCCCCUACCGAGAUACCUGAUAGCAUGAAACACUUUUACCGUGUCAUAGUAGAUUUCUACGAAAAACUCGAGCUGGAGCUUGAGAAGGAAGGAAGGUCAGGCUGUGGUUUCCAUCUUAAGAAAUCAUUGAAAGCAACAGCCAAUGGAUACAUGCAAGAGGCAAAGUGGUUGAAAAAGGAUUAUACUGCUAAGUUUGACGAAUACAAAGAGAAUGCUAUCGUGUCUUCCGGUUACUAUGCCAUGAUGACCGUGACGUUCGCGGGAAUGGGAGAUGUCGCAAAACUUGAUGCUUUUGAAUGGUUAAGCUCGCAUCCUAAAAUUAGGGUAGCAUCUGAGGUACUCGCUCGAUUCACAGAUGACAUUACUAGCUACGAGUUUGAAAGCAAAAGGAAACAUGUGGCGACAGGGAUUGAUUGUUACAUGAAGCAAUUCGGUGUUUCCAAGGAGCGAGCCGAAGAAGAAAUAUUCAACAUUGUUUCAAAUGCAUGGAAAGAGUUGAACCAAGAGCUAAUGAGGCCUCACUCAGUCAGUUUCUCUUUGUUGAUGCCAAUUCUUAACCUUUCACGUGUCAUCGAUGUUUUCUAUAGGUACCAAGAUGCUUACACCAACCCCGAGUUCUUGAAAGAUCACGUCGUCUCUUUGCUCAUUGAAAAUAUUCCCAUUUGA